UGAAUAUCUUAGCUCCGUUAGCAGGGUCUCCUUGAGGUAUACUCAUCUAUCAAAAAGGAAAGGAUAUACCAGCAGCAAACAGAAAGUUAGUAUACGGAGAUUGAAAAAUCUCAAGUUUCUCAUUCCUUCGCCUAUAAAGUUUUGGUGAUUUCAAUUUUACUAGAAUAUACGGGGAUUAUUGACCACGCCUAUUGGAGGGCGUAUAACAAAAUGGCGUCUAAUAAAGAAGUAAUGACGGUCACACAGCGUAUAAUUGGACUAGAUACUCAAUAUAAUCCAUUAAGACCGCUCCCUUCUAACCAAUACAAAAUGUUGUAUUUAAGGAGACGUAACCAAUUGCUGCAGGAGAAGGCUCGUAAUCGUGAUGAUCCUUCGAUUAGACGUUCAUAUUUAGUGAUGAGGUCACAGAUAUUAGGCAGUAGAUAUGGACCAAUUGAGAAAAAAUCGUCAUCUCACAAUAACAAAAAGAAUCACAAACAAAAUGCUGAUUCAUCAUUACCUAAGGCACCUGGAGAGACCUCCUUCCUCACUCCUUCUCCAAUGAGGUACCACUCAGCUGGUCUCGUACCAACCAGAGCGGCUCAAGCCAGCAGGGCUAUGGCUGGAGACAAUACGUUACAGGAACAUUAUGCUUUCUGUGGAAUGCAGCACAUUUUUGAUCAGCAUAAAGGAGGUGUGACUGUCAUUAAAUUUGCAAACGAUGAUCGUACUUUGUUGGCCUGUGGCAGUCGGGACGCUACUCUUAGCGUGUUUACUCUUGUCUCUGAGCCACCAUCUUUACACUGCACUCUCAGAGGACAUGAGAAAGAAAUUAAUGAUUUUGACUGGUCGAUUGGCAACGAUUUCAUAGUCUCCGCCUCCUCUGACGGGACCUACAGACUCUGGAAGUCCAACUCUGGGAAGUGUUUACGGAUCAUAUUCGAUACCAGUGGCUGUCACUCAAACUGCUGCUGCUUCCACUCACAAAAUGGAAACUUCCUUAUCACUGGUAACAGUAAAGGGCAGUUAAAGGUCUACAAUGUGUCGACAGGUAAAGGUGUCAAAGGUGGUAACAGUAAGACAGCUGGUUCCGUGCUCUCGCUAGCCCUGGAGUCCUCAGGGGGCGUGGUUUGGGCUAGCGACAGUAAAGGCUCCAUGUUCUCAUUUUUGAUGGACUCAGUGUCCGGCCGACUCCAGAGAUUAAAGAGACUGAUGAUAGAAGGAGGUGUCCCCAUUACUUCAGUCUCCUGUCGUACCUGGGCCAGUCGUGAAGCACGAGACCCAACCUUGUUAUUAUCCUGUGCCGAUAACUCCCUCAGACUAUACAGGAUAUUAAGUAAUGGAGAGGUAUAUUUAAAAAGGAAAAUGGCCGUGCCACAUUCUAACGAAGCCAUUCGUAGCGCCUUCUGUCCCCUAAUGAGUUUCCUUCAGGGGGCGUGUGUUGUGUCCGGAGGUGAGGACGGACACGUCUACAUGUAUGACAUAGAGACUGGGUCUCAGGUCAAUCGGCUUCAGGGUCACUCAUGUCCGGUUCUUGACGUAUCCUGGACUUACGAUGAGAGCUUACUAGCAUCAUGUGACAAUCAGGGAACUGUUAUUAUUUGGAAGAGAUGUGGCAAUGAUUCUUGAUAUUUUUAAUGACCAAAUAUGGAGAGUGUGUGUCCAUUAGCUUUUGGUUUUUUUAUGUUUUUGUGUUCGUUUUGAGAAAUGUCUUUUUUGCAUAAUAAAAAAUUGAAAACUAAUAAAACAGAAAAAGAAGAGAAUUAAGUAAUAAAUUACAACAGCUACA